AUGUCUAUCUGCAUAUAUCUACAUGCAAUUGCAAUCGUAAUUAAAUUAAAGGAUGAAAAAGCUAUAGGAGAAUUAAUGAUUCGAGGAACUAUAAUAUUUUUAACUGGAUACCUUGGAUGGAAUAUCGAUUAUCAUUUUUGUACCAAUAUGAAUAAAAUAUUAAAUCCACAAUUACAUGCUUGGUGGCAUGUGACAGCAUCAUAUUCAUGUUACUUGUUACUUUUAAUCGUGAUAUUUGACCGGUCAAAAAUUCUUGGAAAAAAUCCAAAAAUUGAAUGGGUGUGUAUUGUUUUACCGUACGUGGGAUUAUCGGAUGAAUCAGAGCAAUACCUACCUUCGAAGGUCAUGCCCUCGGCAGAAAGAGAAAUUCUCAUGCAAGAAGUCUCGCUUGAUUUCAAUGACAAUUUUCUACAAAGCCAGAAUACGUUAGCUCAAGAGCGAUUUCUCAUGGAUGAACAUAAAGAAUAUCAUAAAGUUUCUUCUUCUGUUAUUGAACUUGGAAAAGAAGGUGUAGAGGCUUGUGAAGACAUGGUCUUUAUGUGUAUGCUUGCGAAAAAAUUUAUGCACACGACUGCAGUUACAG